AUCGACAGGAUGUCUGUCUCUCUGUGGUGCGAGGAGGAGACGGAAAGGUCCGGCGCGUCGGUCCGGGCCUCCUUCGACCCCAACGCGUCAGGCCUGAGGGUCAUCCAGAGUCUGCUCCACGUGGAGGAGAAAUACCUUCCCUGUCCGCUCUACAUCUCGCUGAUUCAGAGGGAGCCCAAACGCAGGGAGGAACUCACCAAGUGGACACUGGAGGUCUGCUGCGAGUGCGGCUGUGAUGAAUCGGUUUUCCCCCUCGCUGUCUCUCUCCUGGAUCGCUACCUGUCGUCCACGCUGUCUCUACCUGUCUCACCCACGUGUCUGGCGUCCGCCUGCAUCCUCAUCGCGUCCAAGCUGACGGAGAGCGAGACAGUCACCGCCGACACCCUGUGUGCGUCCGCCGAAUACGAGUUCCUGUCGUCGGACCUGCGGGGAAUGGAGCGUGUGGUGCUGGGGACGCUACGAUGGGACGUGGCCGCCGUCACCCCUCAGGACUUCCUGCCUCAUUUCCUGUCCUGCUUGGAGGAUCUGAUGGGGGACAGCGAGGACACGGUGGACUUCACGUCCACGCUCAGACGCCACGGCGACACCCUGGCAGCCAUGUGCAUGUGCGACUCGCGGUUCCUGGGGACGCCGCCGUCUCUGAUGGCUGCCGCCGCGCUAAACUCGGCUCUCCGCGGUUUGGAGGCCAAGAGUCGGGUAGAAACCGGUCACAUGACCUACACGCUGGCUACGAUCUGUCAAAGCGACCCGGCGGUGCUGCAGUGCUACAGCGAGCUGAUCGAGGGCGCUCUGAGGGAACGACUGAGGAACCGAGGAGAGCAGCAGGAGGAGAAGGAUGGAGGAAUGGAGGAGGAAAGAUCCAGCACGCCCACCGAUCUCAGAGAGAUAGACUUCUAAUACCAGCGGACACACGGCACAGCUACAGUCUGCCUCUAGAUCAUCAGUAAAACUGAUGUAAACUCUGAUC